GAAGUGCCAAAAAGCAGAGCAGCCAUAGAAGUAUAGUAUAGUGCCUUAUCUGAAACAGACCCCUCCUUCCUAGCUUCUGUUGUCGUUCCCAAACUAACACUAAAAAAUGGGAGUCAAUGAUACAGACUCUGACAAAACCCAAGAAGAAGAGCAACAAGAUCUCCCAAAAGUAGUGCUCUUCAGACCACCCCCAGCCUUUUCACUCAUUGGCGAAGAAUCCUUUGCAUCCAACAAAUUUCAAUUUUUGAAAACCUACGACUCCCAACUCCCUCUAGACCAGUUCUUGUCCACUCAUUCUCAUUCCAUAAAAGCUAUCCUUUCCUCCGGUGGUGCACCCGUCAACGCUGACAUCCUCCAGCUGCUUCCAGAGGUUGGUGUGGUUGUCACCACUAGUGCUGGUCUUAACCAGAUUGACAUCCCUGAGUGUCGCCGCCGUGGUAUCAAAAUUGCUAAUGCAGGCUACGUGUAUUCUGCUGAUGUGGCUGAUAUGGCUGUUGGUUUGUUGAUUGAUGUUCUGAGAAAGGUUUCGGCUAGUGAUCGUUAUGUGAGGCAAGGGCUUUGGGCUGCUAAAGGGAACUAUCCUCUUGGUUCUAAGCUCAGUGGUAAGCGAGCUGGAAUUGUUGGAUUGGGAAAUAUUGGAUAUGAAGUUGCUAAAAGGCUCGAGGCCUUUGGUUGUUUUGUUUCGUACAACUCCAGGAAGAAAAAACCGAAUGUUUCGUAUCCGUUCUACCACGAUGUCUGUGAGCUUGCAGCUAAUUGUGAUGCUCUCAUCAUUUGCUGUGGAUUAAGUGACGAAACCCGCCACAUGAUCAAUAAACAAGUGUUGUCAGCACUGGGGAAGGAAGGAGUCAUUGUAAACAUUGGACGUGGGGCAAUCAUCGAUGAGAAGGAAAUGGUGAGGUGUCUGAUGCAAGGGGAGAUUGCAGGUGCUGGCUUGGAUGUGUUCGAGACUGAGCCUAGUGUUCCUAAAGAGUUUUUCGCAAUGGAUAAUGUUGUGUUGUCACCGCAUAGGGCUGUUUUUACACCUGAAUCUUUGAAGGAUUUAAGCCAACUUGUGGUGGGGAAUUUGGAAGCUUUCUUGUCAAAUAAGCCUUUACUCUCCGAAUAUGUGGACAGCGAAUAAUUCAACUCGUCGGUUUGCAGGUCAGUUUGUUAAUCAUCUCUUGUAUGAUAUCUGUUAAUCAGUAAACAAAUUUCUGAACAAAGCUUCUUUACAAGCAAUCUCUUUUGCCAUCAUAAAGAAGUCAAUCUCUUGCAUGGUUAUUAUUCUGAUGUUGGAUAAUCAAACCUAUCUCCAUUUUGGUAAA